AUGGAUCCAAAUAGAAUUAUAGACUCUAUAAAACUAUAUAGAAAUUUUUCAAGAUUGUUUUAUAAAUUUCCUGAAGUACUACAACCAAAAAUUAGAUACAAUUUAAAAGAAGCUUUUGAUAUAAACAAAUAUUUAUUAAAUAAUAAAGAAAUUAACCAUGAAGAUAUAGACACACUUAUUAGAAAAUCAAAUAAUUUAUAUUUAAAACUAUCAUCAAUGUCAGAGAAAACAGAAUUAUUUUCAGAGUUGUUUAGAGUAAAUAAAAUAAAAUAA